UAAAUAUACAAAUCCUCCACAAACCUCACAAAUCAUUUCUUUCCCAUACGACAAUGGCAGAAAAACCCAUAAUCAAUCUUUUUUGUUUGUCUGUCCUUUUCUUGAAUCUCUCCUUAUCUUGUUGUGCUGCUCAAUCAGAUGAUUCAGUUUACGCUUCAUUUCUUAAAUGUUUGCAGAACAAUACAACCCCACAAGACCAAAUCUCAUCCAUUGUCUUCACCAAGACAAACGCAUCAUACUCAUCUGUUCUUCGUGCAUACAUCAGAAAUGCACGAAUGAACAGGACUGCAACUCCAAAGCCAACGAUCAUCGUAACUCCGAAACAGAUAUCCCACGUUCAAGCCGCGGUUAUCUGCGCGAAAAAAAUUGGUUACCAGCUUAAAAUUCGAAGCGGCGGCCAUGAUUACGAAGGGAUUUCAUAUGUUUCAGAGGUUCCUUUCUUUGUUCUUGACUUGUUCAAUCUUCGAUCUGUUCAAGUCGACAUGAAAACCGAGUCUGCCUGGAUUCAAUCCGGCGCUACACUCGGUGAGGUUUAUUAUGAAAUAUGGAAAAACAGUAAGUUGCAUGGUUUUCCGGCCGGUGUUUGCCCUACUGUGGGCGUUGGUGGGCACUUGAGCGGCGGUGGGUACGGAAAUAUGCUUAGGAAAUACGGGUUGGCUGUUGAUAACACUGUUGAUGCUCAAAUUGUUGAUGUUAAUGGAAAGCUUUUGGAUAGGAAAGCAAUGGGUGAGGAUUUAUUUUGGGCCAUUAAUGGCGGCGGUGGCGGUAGUUUCGGUGUCGUAAUUUCUUACAAGAUAAAACUCGUUCCUGUUCCUGAAACAGUUACUAUUUUCAGAACAGAAUAUUACAUUGAAGAUAAUGCCACUGAAAUUACUGCUAAAUGGCAGUUAGUUGCUCCGAAAAUAGAUAACGGUCUUUUUAUGAGGAUAUUAGUGCAGCCAGUAACAAGAAAUAAGAAAAAGACCGUUAGAGUUUCUAUUGUGAGUUUAUAUUUAGGCAAUUCUGAUACUCUCGUGAGUCUAUUAGGUAAACAAUUUCCUGAAAUGGGAUUAAAGAAGCAGAAUUGUACAGAAAUGAGUUGGGUUCAGUCUGUACUUUGGUGGGCUAAUUUCGACAUGGGAACAUCACCGGAUGUUUUGCUCGACAGGAAUUUGGAUUCGGCCAAUUUCUUGAAAAGAAAAUCAGAUUAUGUCCAAAAACCAAUUAAUCAAAACGGAAUAUCUUUAAUUUUCAAGAAAAUGAUGGAACUGGGUAAGAUCGGAUUAGUUUUCAACCCGUACGGUGGAAGAAUGGACGAAAUUGCGUCCACGGCGGUUCCAUUCCCUCACCGUGCCGGAAACCUAUUCAAGAUUCAGUACUCCAUCAACUGGAACGAGCCCGGAGCUGAUCUCGAGACAGAAUAUUUGUCUCAGGCGAGGAAAUUAUACAGUUUCAUGACUCCUUAUGUGUCCAAAAAUCCACGAGGCUCGUUCUUGAAUUACAGAGAUCUUGAUAUUGGUGUUGCUGACGCUAAAUAUAGCUAUGAACAGAGUAGCAUUUACGGUCGGAAGUAUUUUGGUGCAAAUUUUGAUAGAUUGGUGAAAGUGAAGAGUGUUGUUGAUCCUGAUAAUUUCUUCAGAAAUGAACAGAGUAUUCCUGUUCUUUCCAGUUAGUGAUUUUGUUGGUUUAUUGCUAUUCUUAACCAAUAAUAUUUUGGUGGUGUAUUUUCAUUAACAAUAGGACACACUUAAUUAUCAUUUUGUAAUUUUAAUAAUUUUGUGAUUUAUACUAUUUUCUCCAAUUUAAUUAAAAUAUUAUUAGUCCAUUA